AUGUUUCAUUUGAAGGCAUUUCCUAUUAUACAACAUAUUAUACACAGAAAUGUAUAUAAUACUGUUUAUAAAAACAUUCUUCAAUGUACAUUAUUUUCAACUGAUGCUUUAAAUCGAAGUUCAGCUGGAACUUCAACUAAUGCAUCAAAUAGAAUAUCAGUUGGAACUUCAACUGAUGCAUUAAAUGAAACUUCAGCUGGAACUUCAACCGAAACAUCAUCUAAAGUAGUUGAUGUUUCAGUUAACACAUCAACUAAUGCAUCCCUUUCCACAGAGUCUAAACCUGAUAAAUUGUAUAAAAAAAUUGAAAUUGAAGUUAGAGGACAUGAUCCUGCUGUUCUAAAAAGCUAUGGACACUUUGCCGUUAUGGCAGCAGAGGCUUUAGAGAUUAAUGUUCAUAGAAAUGUUGAAUUACGAAAGCCUAUACAUGAAAGAUUGACACUACUUAAAUCUAUUCAUGUUCAUAAGAAACAUAGGGUUCAAUAUGAAACAAGAACAUAUUAUAGAUAUCUUGAUUUUUUUCAUUUAACUGGUUCAACAGCAGAUACAUAUUUAGAAUAUAUAGAAAGAAAUCUUCCAGAAGGAGUAGCAAUGAAAGUUACAAUGGUGGAAUUGGAAACCUUACCUGCAACAAUUCAGCAAGCAGUUCAUUCACAAUAACGAAUAAAUGGA